CGGGCAACCUUCCGAUUACAAGGCGAACUCCCAACUCUUGAGCCACGAUCGCCCCUAAUCUAAUUUAACUGGUGCAAGUUUAAGUGGUUGCUUGUCGGUGCUAACUGAAAUUUUAUUGUGUUUCAUGGUACCACGACCAUAAAAACCCGAUUCAAGGAUGUCUUCCUCGGACACGUCUGCCAAAAAUUGUUGCAAAAGGUCUUUUCAGAUGCUAAGAAAGACCAACAUCUGAGAGCAGAGUCUAAAGCAAGCCCUGGAUUGGGAGCUGUUUCAUGCCUACUCCUGUGUUUGUAAUCCCUCCCUGUACGCUCACUAGGUUUGACCUGGAGUACAGUUAUCGCUUGCAUUUCUGACAGCCUUGCACUGCAGUUUUAUUCCCAAUAAAAUUCACCAUUUCCCUCUGCAGCCAUUUUACUCAGUUCCUGAUCAGUUUUGUUCUCUUGCAACAGAUUCAGAAAUGUUUUGAAUGAUUUAAGUCUGUUGCGGUUUUAUACUGUAUUUCUGCUUGCUCCAAUAAAGUCAGUCCACUUUGUUUCCCACAGAUUUAAAACUGAUUUCUGCUUGUAGUGGUAGAAGGGAGAUGGUAGAAGAAAGGGGGUGUAAGUGUUCACAGUUAUAUGACGUGUCUGCCAUUUCUCCUUUGCAAAUAUUUAUUUGUGACACAAAGAGCUGCUCUUAUAAACUGGAUGAACUUCGGCGCCACCAUCUUAGACAGCAGCUAGGAACAGAGGAGCUUGCUGCGCUCUGCAGCCAGAGUGAACCAAGUUCUCCACCUCUGAUAGCUUAUCGUAGCCCUCAGGCUCACAGCUGAUCUCCAGGAGAAGGACUACCCUUUCCAGCUUCAGUAAAGAUAGUGGAGUUGGAGUAUGCUCCACCACCGUUUGAGAUAUAGUAGGGGCAGUGCAUUCAUUAGAUUCUCGUGUUGCUCGGACUAUUCUGAAGCCAAAACCUACUGAGUCAUUCUAUAAAUGACUUCUAUAAAUAAGCUGAAGAUAAAGCUGUUCAUUUUGAAACUGUCACCUGAAGGUGAUUCAUUAUACUUAUUGCUAUAUCCAUAUUUUUAUUGUUGGAUUCUGCUAGAGUUGUUUUGCAUGACUCUUAUAUACACUUCGGUCAUUUUUAAUAUGGGUAUCAAGCAUCGUAACAGUAUGUAUAUGACAGAGAACAAGCAAAAGCAGAACAAGUGCAUUUAACUCAUUUGAGAAGAUCCAGACUUUGUAUGAAAUGACUUUGACAAUUUUUAUUGGAAAAUCUGCAACCUUGAGUGAUUUCUUUAUGCUAUGUUCAGGAUAAACUUUCCAAAACCUCCCGUUACACAUACUAACUAUCUCCUACUUGCAGUCAACACUAUCUGGAUCAGCUGUGAGCUAAUGGAGCUAAAGUCUCACAUGUGAGCUCUUAACUUGGACUCAAAAGCCGGAGACCAAAGGUUGAAUGUUAUACAUACAUUUUCCAGACUGAUUAUGGUUCCACACAACCUUUGAAACUGCACCCUACUUGUCAGCUAUCGGGAUUGUGUUGAGUGCUUCAAGUUCAAUAGUGGUUUGAGUGGCGGUAUUCAUGCAAUCCACAAGGAUCUCCAAAGAUAUUUCUACUUGCUGUGUGUGGAUUUCUGAGGGUGUAUUGAAGACGCCUUUGUUCCUGUAGGCCCCCAUAGUUCUCCACGCUGCUAAAUCAUUGAAGUCCCAUUUAGCAUGUUAUGAUGUUUGAACAAGGCAGGAAAGUUAAAUCGAUGCACAUUCUGUAAAAACUCAUCCCAAACAUGUUUUUCUUGUGAAAGUGUCAAGACUUAUAUUGACACACACUGUAAGGUUCUUUAUAGCAGCUGAGCUGACUGAACAGUACAUACAGAGGGUCAUUAUAGACUUUCCUCCCACAGUGCCAGUUUGUUAAAGUAGCUGGAACCGGAAAGGUGUUCUUUGGCAUUUGUGCCAUUGUGUCCCUCCUAACUCCUAAAGAAACCAUUGGUGUCACAUUUAAACUCACUAAGUAAUCCUCAUUUCCUUUGGCAUCCAUCUAUAUCUUAGCCUGAAACUCUUUGUUUACACAUCAAAGCUUUCUUUGAUCUCUAAACCUAACCAGUGACUGAAGGUGAACACCCAACAAACUCAUUGAUGUGGUCAUAAAAUGUGAAACUUCCAGACUUCAAAUUAAGAGUUCUUUGGAAUUAAAACGACGAUUGUCAUCUUUUGGUGUUUAAUAUCGUCCCAAAAUCUUUCUGGUAUGUAUUUCUUCUACACCAUCAACAUCUGGCGCCUUGGGAUGAGAACGUGUCCUCGAUGUGAUGCUGCGGCUACCUCACAAGAGCAAUCCGGUCAUUCGUUCAGGUCUUAUGUACUCAACAAUCAUUUAGGAGCUUUGAUUUGACUUUCUUACACGGCAACAGGUUUAAAAUGUCCCAAGUCUUCAGCUGUAAAAGUAAGGAUAAGCAAAAUAUGAAGUUAAACUCCUGAAGUUAAACAUUUGAUGUGGAGAAAAUUAACUCCAGAAAUAUUUGAAAUAUCAUUUUAAAUGUUUCGGAUAGAUCAGAUAAAAGCAAAAGGUGACCUCGUCUGACAAAACAUCGGUAUUUGAUGUCCAGGGAUGAGAAGGCCUUGCAGAAACUGGUGAAACUGGAGUAAUGAUUGGACUCAUGUAAGGUUGGUCAGAUGAAGGAUUCUCCGUGCUUUCUCUUUAUGGUAACAGUAUAGCUUGUCAACAACAAGUUGUGACAGUUAGACUUAAUUCAUGUUGUGUCCCAGAAACCAUGCGGGGGGCAGUCGGUUCAUGCUUUUCACUCAGUUCCUCACCGGGCUGCAGACUGAAGCACGUCCCUGUGGACAUCACAGCUCACAGGCUGAUCCACCUGAGGCUCUUUAGUAUUGUCAGCAUUUGGUUUGAAUGCCAUCACAUGAAUGAAUUUCUCCAGAAUGAAUUCCAAAUAGGAAAGACAGUCAUUUGUAUUCAUACAGAAAUCACUGAAGUCCUGAGUGUGGCUGAGAAUGACUCAGGCAGAGCUCCUCUGAGGCAGACCGGUCAGACAUAACUGUCUGUGUCUGGCUGCUGAGGUGGUGGAUUUGAGAUCAUGUAAAUAUCAAACACGCCUUGGGGUUCAGUGACGAGCCGCUGUCUUUCGUCCUUGGAUCUCCUCAAGUCUCUUAUCUGUCUGUGAAAACAGAGCAAGUGGCCAAGGCAGCGAAGGCGUCUGACAAAUCCAAUCAGUCAUACUCACCGCAGGGUUGGUGGAACUGACUCUUUUUACAAGUAGCCUCAGUAACCAGGUGCAGUGCUGUGUUCAUGUGCCGUUAUGCACUCAAUAACCUCAGAACAUCUUCAGGCUAGAGGCUAUGACAGUACAUUUCUGCUUUGUCGCCUUAAGUAGUUUUAUCUUUCUGCACAUUAUAAACAAAAAAAACAGAACAUUUGUUGUCAUUCACACCAGUAGACUUUUGGGGCUACUGGUGUUUUUGAUAGCUUGACAGAUUUUUGUAAAAUAUUCCUGUCAUACUCUUGCAGCGAUAUGACUUGUUUUUCUACUCUAUAAUCAACAGCUGUGUCUGAGUCAUUUUGGCCGCCUCCUGUGGCAGUACUGCAACACAAAUCAUUUCUGAGAGCAGUGCGUCUGACAUAGGUGAAAAGUGUAAAAGCAACAACUUUACAAAUGAUCAAAGUCAGGUCAAAGCGGGUACGAAGGGAAAUCAGAUGAUGAUGAGACACAAACAACAAGCUGUGCCUCACUCACUGCUAGAAAAGAUGGAGUUUCCACAUUACGGGACGCACUGACAUAACCUAUGCCAGUUCCAACACUGUGACUUCAAGUAUCUGCUAACAGAGAGUAACACAGUUAAAUUAAUUAGCUCUCUUUGAGGACAAGAGAGGGAAUCAUUCUUUUAUCUGCAACGCAGCAUGAUGUCUUUGUAAAGCACAUCCAAGAACAUAGAUUUACUGAACUGGAAUUUGUUAGAAAAACAAUAAAUGACAUUUUUUUUAAGGUACUUAUGUCAAGAUUUCAUUUGAAUCAACUCUCCUGACCAGUUUGUAAUUUAGCCAAAAACAAAGAAAAGCUGUGAGAAUUAAAGAUGUGAAAUAUUUAAUAUUGGGGGGGUCCUGAUGGGAAGGGGCAGUUUGUUCUCCAGUUUAGGAGCAGUCACAGCAAAGGCCUGGUCUCCUCUGUGCUUUAAUCUGGGCCUCGGGACAGCUCGGAGCAUUUGAUCCACAGACCUCAGUGAUCUUGCAGGAGUGUACCAAUUCAAAAAAUCAGAAAGGUAUGAGGCUAACAAAAAAAUGCCAGAAUUAUUCAUGAGCUUUUGGUUAAAUGCCACUAAAGCCUUUCAUUCAAACCAAACCUUUAAUCAAAUGGCCUACAGGUUAUCAGUCAAUGUACAGACAAGCGUUGGGGAAAGAGCGAAGUCCAGAAAAAGACAAAAGGUCGUUCUCAGGGAGCGUUGACUAGAAACUCAUGGAAAGUAACACUUUCCAAACAGAGGGGAGAAAAGGCUGCAAACUUGGCAGUUAAUUGAAAGCUUGACUCUGAGGGACACCAGACAAUCUGAGGCCAGUGAUACAAAAUGGGAGGCAAGCUCAGCAAAAAGAAGAAGGGGUACAGUGUAAACGAUGACAAGGCUAAAGACAAGGAUGCCAAAGCCGAGGGGGCCUCAGCAGAGGAGAGCGAAGCACCGAAAGACAACAAAGACGGGGCUCCAGCUGCCGGUGAUGCUAAGGAGGUAGCUAAUGACACAGCAGCCAAGGAGGCGCCAGCAGCUGAUGCCGCGGCACCCAAAGAGGAGGAAAAGAACGCAGCUCCUGCCGCAAAGGAGGCAGAGAAACCUGCCGCCAACGCUGAGCCCAAAACGGAGGCGCCCAAGAGCGCAGAGCCCGCCAAGGCCGAGGAGAAACCAGCCGCCCCUGCCCCGGCCGCGAAGGAAGCCGAGGCUAAGGCCGCGGCACCCACCCCUGCAGCCGAGAGCAAAGAUGAGGCCGACGCCAAAAAGACUGAGGCCCCUGCGGCACCAGCAGCCAAAGCCGAAGCGGCCCCCGCUGCCUCCCCUGACCCCAAGCCUACAGAGGCAGCGGCAGCUCCCGCCCCGGCAAAGGAGGCCACCCCUGCUCCUAGUUCAACACCAGCCGCCGAACCUCCCAAGGAGGCAAACGCCACAGAGGCACCAAGCAAGGAUCAAACCGUAGCAGUUCAAGAUUAAUGGACAGCCACUUUUCGGAAAUGAAGAAAUAAAUUACCUAACUCAACAACGAUGAAGAUUAAAAAAGAAAGAAAUUUACUAGUCCACCCAUAUUAUGAUAAUAAUAAUAAUAAUAAUUGUAAUGAUGAAGAUUUGUUGAUCGAGGAGGACUGAAGCAACCACCUGGAGAAGUUUCCCACCGCUGCAGAUGAUUAUUGCUAUUAUUAUUGUUAUGUUUUAUUCUAUUUUUUUUCUGCUGUAGUAUUUGAACUUUGAUACGAGUGUAUGUCGGCCAUACGCCUCGCCAUUUCUCCGCCAUUCCUCUCGCUCAUACAGUCCCACAAAGUUUGGCCUGAUUCCCACGUCAGCCCACAGAAGGCUCCUGCAUUCGAUCUGUGGACGUCUAAAUUUUGGGGUUCUGAUGGAGGGAAGGGGAGAGGUUAAGAAAACACCUUACCAGCUGGACUCAAGUCGAAUCUGUCCCCUCUUCGGCUCUCCCUCUUCCUCUCAUCCUCCUCGUCAGAAUAUUGUGAUUUUGGCUCUGGCCUGGUACCUCCAGCUUUUCAGUGCUGUGGAGUCGUGGUUGUGGUCGUGCGUGAUUGUGUGUGGUAUUGUCGGAUUGUGUUGCUUCCUAUUUUUCUCUCUAAAAAGAUCCCACUUUCUUUGAAGAGCUUUUACUUGGAGAUUCAUUGCGAGGACUGGGAAUUUUCAGGCUUUCUAAGGCAUUUCGCAAGGUUGGUAAAGGUGGGCUUUGCAGAGAAAAAAACAACAUUAGACAUUAAACAGUUGUAGGAUUUUUCAGAUAAACUUCUACAUUUUGUACUGAAACCCUUAGCUAUAUUGUUAGUAAACUAAGUGGGUUUUUUAACAUUUGUAUUGCUUAGAUAAUCUGCAAAGCCUCGCUGAAAAGAUCUCUAAAAUGUUCUUAGAAAGUUCAAUGCAAGCCUCUCGUCCUCGAGCAAAAUCUGAAGACAAAUUAGAGUAAAAAUUAUCGUAUACGUUUUUUUUGUUUGUUUGAAAAGACAUAUCUUUUGCUGACCUGGGUGAAGUAGACAGUACGGUCACAUCUUAGAGGUUGUUUGAACUUGCUUAAAAUACCAAGAAGGUGAUGUUUGCUCCUUCAUGGGUAGAUCUCAGUUAGUGAAUGCUCAGUUGUGUCUUUGUAACCUAAAUAGACAAGACUGGCACUCAAACAUCCUGUGAUUGUCUGGAAGACAAAUCAUUUCCUUAGCGAAAGUAAAAGGGCGUAAAACUGACUGCAAGACACACUUUCGAUUCAAGUAUUAGCAGCACAAUAUGUUUCUGAAAAAGUCAACAGUGGAUUCUUUUACUUUGAAAUAAAAUUGUUCCAUGCUCACAUACAAUCUCCUGACACGGAAAUUUCAACAGUUAAAAAAGACACUAUCCAACUAGUUUCAUAUUCAAUAUUCAAGUUUAAUGGGCCUACCAGAGCAAACCUUACAGCACUAAAGCAGUCUGCCCUGUUGAGCAAACCUCACCCUUUUGGUGUCAAAGCAGUGAAAAGGCCUUAAGCGAGAGCGCUCACAAUGCUGUUUGACCCAGGUCUGAUUUACUGGGUUUUGAAUCAGUGUAGCUUUCCACCACUAACAGUCUGAUACCACUGAAGAACAGGCAGGAGGCAGGAUUUCAGCAAACGAUCAGAGCCAUCAGCAACCAAUUCAGUGUAAUAUGGUCCAUGUUUCUAAGGCUGGAAGGAAAGGCCUUGCACAUGGAAGGGAGCCUCUGAUUUAGUCAUUAUCGCCAUUCGUGCAUUUUCCUUUACUGUUUGGAAAUAUAGGUUACAUGUAUGUACAUCUGUGCAGUGGUGGAAGGAAAAGUACUAAAGUACACCUUUGAUACAUUAAAAACUAGCAAUAUUGAUAGAUGUCUCCACCCAAAUUUAUUUUUACUGUAAACACCAAGCACACUUUUGAAAACACCCAGCUUCCACCGCUUGAGGAACUUUUUUUAAAAGCCAAAACACUUUGGUGUAAAACCGUAAACAGUGUGAGACUUUGAAAGGAUCAUGAUAUCUUUGGUCAUGGCAGUGGAGUCCUGCAAACAAAAAUAGCUUGGGACUAAACUUCCACAGCAAAACUUUAGGAUUCCAGCAAAGGAGAGACUUAGGUUGAGUUGCGAUGGACGAGGGGAGGACGAUGUAGCAUAGAAGAAAGUAGAAGAGACAUAAAUGGCACAUGAUCCAGUGGGUAUGCCAACAACAGUAUGCAUCAAAUAUGACGUCUUACCCAAGUGUAUUAGAACCACAUUGCACAGUGUGGCUCAAAUUGCGUGUAUGGAGACCUUUAAGGGUUUUUAGUGGGAGUAAUCUUGCACAGAGAUGGAUGCUUAGAAAGCAGCAGUUGUGGUAUUGACUCCAUUCUUGGUUUUUCAGUCGUGUUCAUCACUUGUGCGAGUAGGACGUGGCGAUUGUUCGGCAUGGUGUUAACUCCACCCAUCCUCCGCUACUAAUGAAUUACCUGGUUAAAAAAGUUAAGGUGACAUUACAGCAUUUUACAGAGCUGAGCAUCCUUAAACUCUCAGCAACCAGCAAAAACCAGCCCAUUCAGAUUCACACAUGUGCAGGUUUACGGUGAUACUGAGACAGUUCUAACUUGUCACAUGUGGACGUUUAAGGACCCCAUACCAUCACUUUUAAAUGCACUGGUUAAGUGUAACCCAAAUCUCUGUCUUGUACUAAACCUGUGUGCAUGUGCAUCAUGCUGCUUGUGUCUUUCGCACAGUGCAGUUAUGCAGCACUCUCAGUGCAAAUAGAAUACACCGGCCCAGGAAAAACAAAGGAGGGAUUUUUAUCAUUGAUACUACAGUAGAAACAUUUUGAUGAUUAUCAUAUGAGAUGAAAAAGGAAGAAAUGACAGUGAAAGAAAACCAGCAGGACAGAUGGAAAGAAGAACGUGAAGGACAAGAAAGCUCAGAUUUUAGAUUGUACUUCAUGAUGAACACAGUGGACGAAGUAGUACGACUUUAUUGAGCUAAAUGCUUUUGCACAAAACAGUCAAGUAAGGUACCAGCAACCCAAAAUUGUGCUUGGCUUAUUCAAACCAACAUUCGUCUUUCCACCUUUGCAUGUAUGUAAGUAUAUGUAUAUAUAUAUUUAGUCAUCUCAGCCAUCCAUCUGCCACUUUUCAGUUCCAUCCAUGUGACGUUCAGCGUUUUCCUCCCAGCACUCGUCAAACCGUAGCAGAAACAAACACUCGAGGAGCGCCGCUUGUCACUUGGCUCAGUUUUUUCUUCCUCUCUUGACUCAGUAACUUGCAUGUCCGUGGUUGGGUGAACCUGUAGUCCUGUCUUUUUGGUCAAGUGGAAAAAAUAAUAAUACUUUUUCAGUCUGCAUCCAUGGCAACUACAGUUGAUAUUUUCAUCCCAUGUUUCAUCACUGCUACUUCCACACCACACGUUCAGACAAACAAACAAAAAGAUGAUAUGGAAAUUGAUGCAUUCAAAAUUAUAUGUACUUGUAUAAAUGGUGGAACAGUAAUAAAAUGUACUAAAUUGACUUGA